CAUUGACUUUGCUUGUCAGAAGGUCACAAAAGAUGAUCACGUGACCCCAGGACAUUGCAGCUGUCAUAAACAUGAGUCAGUUGCCAAGCAUUUGAAUUUUGAUCAUGUGACCCCCAGGGACACUGCAACGGUUGUUAAGCGGGAAAAUCGGUCAUGAGUCACUUUUUUCAGUGCCGUUGUAACUUUGAACGGUCACUAAAUGAACUGAUGUAAAUCAAGGAUUACCUUUAAGAAUUUACCAGAACAGAGAUACCUAAGUGGAAAACUACGCGCUGAAGGACAUUUUCCUUUAGAAGGCAGUGGACAUGUUAGUUCUGUUGAAAGACUUUCUGACUAAUCCUGACUAGCUCUAAGCCUGCAGAAUUUAUCAUUUGUCAUCUCUGAGUCAAUUUUACACCUGUUACCUGUCCUCUCUUGAACUUUGAUUGGGCAUUACCAAGCUACCUGAGAGGGGGAGUCUAUCUCCACUCCUGGGUUUCAUUGAUACCUGCAGUAACCCACAGCAACCCGAUCUUGUGCAAAUAUUUACCUCAGUGGUGAAAUUCAAUUUUUUUUUACUACCGGUUCUGUGGGCGUGGCUUGGUGGGUGUGGUGUGGCUUGGUGGGCGUGGCAGGGGAAGGAUACUGCAAAAUUCCCAUUCCCACCCCACUCUGGGGCCAGCCAGAUGUGGUAUUUGCCAGUUCUUUAAACUCAGAACCUGCUGGAUUUCACCCCUGAUUUACCUCCUGUACUCAACACCAAGGUUGCAUUCCCCGUGCCUGCCCCCCCCCCCGCUUCCUUAUCUCCCAUUACCCGACACCACUGAAAGAGACCUCCCUCCUCUGCCUUCCCUACAAACCAUUCCAUCCCCCAUCCCUUACACUCUUCCUUAAAAAGGGGGAAACCUCCUCCAACUGACCAAUCAUCAGAGGCAGUAACAGUAACACUUAACAGAGUUGGAAGGGACCCUGGAGGUCAUCUAGUCCAACCCCCUGCUCACGCAGGAGACCUAUACUAGGUAUUCGAACUGCCAACCUUUCUGAUCGACAAGCUCAGCGUCUUAGCCACUGAGCCACCUAGCCAGGUAAGGUGAGCCCUACAGGCACUAUAGCACUUGCUCUCGGCGCUCUCAAACUCACACCAACCCUUCCCCACUGCUGCGGAGGGGGUCACAUCCAGCACACCCUUAUCCCCCCCCAACACACUCACAAUACAUUCACCCAAUACACAAACAGCACCCUGCCCAGUCGCUCUCACCCACCAAGCAGAGAGCCACUCCUCCCCCCCAGCUCCCACCCAUGGGAGAAGGACCAAUCCACUCAUCUCUCACCCAACUUUCCCCUUCAACCCCAAAAUUCCCCCGAACAGCUUUCCCAGGCCAGAAACAUUACAAAACAUUACAAAGAUUGCACAGAGUAGUCUGAGGAGCAGCCAAAAGGCAUGCUAUGCAGUACUAAAUAUUGUUGCAGCUGGGCAGUCCUACCAUGUCUCCUGAAGUUCAAAACAUUCCAAGCUCCCACUAGUCAACAUCAAAAGAUGUUGAGACGCAAGAAAGAAUGCAGAGAAGAGCAACAAAGAUAUAUUUUACCGACAAUGAAAUAAAGGGAGACUAGUAUAGAUAUAUUUCGAGUUAUUUAGCUCUCGCCAGCUAGCCAUACCCUUCUGGGAUUCGAACCUGGACUACUUGCAUGUUAGAUUGAUGUAUUAACCUCUAAGUCACGGGCUCUUCUUGCUUUGUCAGCUAUACCAGGGGAGAGAUUAUGUGCAACCUGGUCUACCCAAAAAUGGGAUGGAGUAAUAAAGAUGAUUAGGAGACUGAAGGCUAAAACAUACGAAGAACGUCUGCAGGAAUUGGGUGCUUUGGAGAAGAGCUUGACUUCCUCUUCCUUGUGGCAGCCCCUGAGAUACUGGAAGGCUGCUAUCGUGUCACCCCUCGUGCUGCUUUUCAUUAAACAAGGAAGGAAGGAGAAGAGAAUUGUAACAAGAGGAAAUUUCCAUUGUGUGAAGAAUUUGCACAGCUACAAACCACCUUGAAUUUCUGGGAAAGUGAAUCAAUUUGACGACCUUUUCAAGAAAAUGCAAAAUCUGUGCCAGUGGGCGAUUUGGAGAGUCUUGCUCUGGAGUACCCUGACCCAUGCUUCCCGGCCCACCUUCGAAUGGAAAGACCCCCACACCCAGGAGAAGCUGUUGUGUGAGAAGUGCCCCCCGGGGAAGAGCAUGGCCAAACCUUGCACCCUGGACAAACGCACUGAGUGCAAGCCGUGUGCAACUGAGCACUACACCCAGUAUUGGAACUACCUGGACAGGUGCUUGUACUGCAGCGUCCGCUGUAGCACCCUGGAGGUGGAGGUGGUGCCGUGCAACAGGACACACAACAGGGUGUGUGAGUGCAAGCCGGGCUACCACGCCGAGUCGCUCUUUUGCAUCAAGCACUCCAAGUGCCCGCCAGGAAGCGGAGUGGUUGAGCCCGGCAACCCCCGAGAAGAUACCCAGUGCAGUGUCUGCCCAGAGGGGAGCUUUUCCAGCAACCAUUCCAGCAAGGAUCCCUGCCAGACCCACCAGAACUGCUCCGCGCAAGGCCUUCGGGUCAACGUGCCUGGCACCCUUUUCCACGAUGCCUAUUGCACCUCCUGCAGGGCUGACAAAGGCUCAGAGGAGGGCUCAGGUACGGGAGAUUGUCUCGAGGCAGCCCUUGACUUUGUACCCUUCCAACUGAAGUCACCACGAAGGCUCCGGCGUCUGUAUCGUAAGCUCACUCAAACUGCUCCUGGGACGGAGAAGAAGAAGCCCAUCGAAGAGCUGCAGGUGGACCUUCAUAGCUACCUGCUCCAGCUCAAGAACCUGCAUGGGAAGGAGGAAGCGUGGGAUAAGGUCCAGGUAGCCCUGACGAAGCUGAAGUUGGAACGCAUUCUGCAGAACGUCCUGAGGAGGUUCACUAAUUGUAACAAGAGGAAAUUUCCGUUGUGUGAAGAAUUUGCACAACUACAAACCACCUUGAAUUUCUGGGAAAGUGAAUCGAUUUGAUGACCUUUUCAAGGCAAUGCAAAAUCUGUGCCAGUGGGCGAUGUGGAGCGUCUUGCUCUGGAGUAGCCUGACUCUGGAGUACUCUGCUUCCCUGCCCAAAUUCGAAUGGAUAGACCCCCAGACCCACGAGAAGCUGUUGUGUCACAAGUGCC